AUGGACCUAUGGGGAAACGUCAAACUCCCGCUCUACCGCACUAUCGAGAACAGUACGUCUGACGAGUGGAAGUUUGUGCCUAACGGUACAGCCGACAACGUCACAUACGCUUCCCUAAUCGGUAUCCCGAUAGCCGGACCUCCCUCUGUCGGCAUUAGCUCUUUCAACAUCGAAGCUCGCCAAUUUGACGUGACCUGUUCAAGCAACAAUGCAUCACAAGGAGAACCUGUAGAUUUUGUGUCAAAAUAUACGUGGCAACUCCAAGUAGUUAACGAUACAGCGCCGCCGCCCUGCAAAAAGAACGAGACGUUCUGUGCGCCCCCGGUUUGUGCCAGUUACCCCUGCCCUAUCCGGAGUGAAUCUCUCGUCGAUUCGGAUACAGGCAAGUACUCAGUGGCGAAUUGCGGGCUUUCGUUCGAGAAAUAUGAAAUCGGAGUGCGCUGCAAUGGGACGGAGUGUGCCGCUUACAAGAUGAGGAAGAUGUAUUUGUAUGACGAGGACUACCCAAUAGGCUACGAUAUCGCGCUAAGAAGGCAGUUCAUGGCUACCGCACUCCUCGCCAUGACAAGCGCGGACAACUUCAAUAUGCCCUCAGCAGAAGCUCGAGGCGCGACGACUAUGGAAAAAUGGCUGCAGGACCCACUCGACUUCACCGGCGUAUUCUUUGGAAAUACCGAACUCUACAAGCUGUCGCCGCAAGUCUUCGGCGACCGUCUGACUAUAAUGUACAACACAUUCUGGCAAUCCACAUACGCCAGCAGAGCGAUCGGCGGAAAUUUGCCAGCAUCCGUGAUGGAAACCGGGGCUAUGAACUUCACCCAGGCACAACGUGCAGACGCCAAUAUUACAUUCGUCGCGACCGAAGCCAAUGUAUCGCAGGAUACGACGCCAAUGUACAAAACAGAUUGGAGAUGGUUCGCAGCCUUAUUGGUUUGCUCAUUUAUACUGCUUGCCGCCGCGUACACCGGACUCGUACUUAAGUACAUCACGAUCGCACCGGAUAUCAUCGGCUAUGCAUCUUCGCUGACGCUUUUGAACCCUUAUGUUCCUACGCCUACUGGAGGAACUACCUUGACUGGAUUGGCGAGAACAGCGUUGAUGCGCGACUACCCUGUGCGCAUAGGAGAUGUCUGCCCGAAUGAGGCCGUGGGCGCGAUCGCAUUUGCAAGAGCCGACAGGAACGUAGGAAAGCUGGACAGGAAACGAUUAUACAUAUGA